AUGGAUAUACCCAAAAGAAUCCUCGUAUUAUAUCUAACUUGUUCCUUUGGACCUGCACUGUUUGCUCAAACGUGUGAUGUCACAAAGAUUGUGGAACGAGAGAAAGACUUGUGUUUGUCCCAAAUGGAAAACAUUACAUCAGGCUGCAAUCGCACAUGGGAUUUCCUUCUAUGUUGGCCAUCGGCCAAAGUAGGAGAGAUUGUCACCAAACCAUGCCCACCUUUGUUCAGCCAGACUGGUGACCAGACUGGGAACAUAUCAAAGACCUGCACCGCUGCUGGCUGGACAGAAAUAAAUGCCAUAACCAUCAAACUCAACUGUGGCUAUGAUCUCAAUAGCACAGCUGAUGAGCAGAACAUGGGUGAAUUUCUCAGGUCAGUGAGGACUGGAUACACCAUUGGACACACCGUAUCCCUCAUAUCCCUGGUGGUUGCCAUUGUUGUUUUGUGUUUCUUUAGGAAACUACACUGCACGAGGAACUAUAUCCACAUUCACCUGUUCAUGUCCUUCAUACUCAAAGCUGUGGCAGUAAUCAUGAAGGAUGUGGUUCUGUUUGAGAUGGAGGGACCAGAUGACUGCGGAUCUGUAUCAGUGGGCUGCAAAGCUGCUGUGGUGUUCUUCCAGUAUGGUGUCAUGGCCAGCUUCUUUUGGCUACUGGUGGAGGGACUGUACCUCCAUGCCCUUUUGGCAGUGUCUUUCUUCUCCGAAAGAAAGUACUUCUGGUGGUAUAUUCUGAUUGGCUGGGGAGUCCCGGCCGUCUUCAUCACAGCAUGGAGCAUCACAAAGGCUUACUUACACGAUGUUGGAUGCUGGGAAACGAUCAGAGAUGACAAUCUUUGGUGGAUUGUCAAAACACCCAUUCUGCUAGCAAUACUGAUGACCCUUAUUCUCUUCGUUUGCAUCAUUCGAAUACUUUGGCAGAAGAUUAAUUGUAGAGAUAUGGGGAGAAAGGAGACAAAUCAGCACUUGAGAUUGGCGAAAUCGACUCUCCUGUUGAUUCCGCUCUUUGGAAUAAACUACAUAAUCUUUGCCUUCACUCCUGAUGACCUCCAGUCCUACAUAAGGAUGGUGUUCGACCUCAUACUGGGGUCAUUUCAGGGUUUCGUGGUGGCUGUACUGUACUGCUUUCUAAAUGGAGAGGUUCAGUCGGAGAUCAAACGGAAAUGGCGCAGGUGGCACAUGCAGAGGUUUCUGGGGUCAGACACCAAGUACCAGCAGCCCUCCUUGGGCAGUAACGGCAACAACUUCAGCACCCAGAGCACCAUGCUGAAUAAAAGCAGCCCUAGUACCAGACGGGCGUCUGCCUGUCAGUACGACUUCACAGCCAUCUAA